GUUGUCAGAGUUGAAUUGUUUAAAUUUAUUUAAUAGUUAUCACAUAGUAGAUUGUAUGGAAUUCGUCUCAGAUGUUGGUUAUAUUAUAAUUAGAUUUGAAGUAUGUAGUUAGUUACUGAUGUUACCAAGUUGCUACAUAUUGGCAUUUUCAGAAGAAAGUGGUUUUCCUGACCGUGGAGAAAGUUUUGUCGUCACCGUAAAACAGUAUCACUUUAUCGUGACAGUGGUCACUUCAGAUGAUUAUAUUUGUGCUCCCUCUGCUGAGGAUUCUGAAAAUCAGACCUAAUGAAACUCCACAUACUCCCUUUAGCCAGACUCCUCAAUGUAAUAAAGCACUUUUAGUCAAGGUAGAUGAUGUAAGUGGAUGGGGAGGAUGAAACCAUCUUAACGUAAUGUUCAUUCUAUUGAAGAUUUGGCUUGUAGGCAUUUGGACAACUUUUAGCCUAUUAGCUGCAAUACUUACAAACAAUGAAGGACAAGGUUUGCUUGCAUGAGGCAGAGUUCCAAGUUCUAUGACAACAUAUAAUGGUCACAGUUACAGAGAUUUCACAUGUUAAAUUGCAGAGUGCUGCUCCUAAGAAUGGUGAGCAAACUUCCUCAAGAAUUUCAUACAUUUCUGAAAAAUUGUUAUCAUCUGCGACGAAUACUGCGAGAGACACAGAAAUCUCUGGAAGAAAUUACUACAGCAUGUAUCUUUCCAGGUGAAGACCUGAAAGCUCAAGUGUUGACUCCAACUGUUCUUCAGAGGCUUGGUUCCAUUCUGGAAUGUCAUCCAGCACUUGUUGUACUUGGACAGAACUGCCAAGCUAAAGCUGAUCUGGUUAAUACUCUGCUUGGGGAAGCCAUUCUUCCACCUGGUGGAAGCUCAUGGAGAUGGGUUCGGUUUCUAUAUGGCCUCUCCAGUCACGUUGCUGUAACACUGAGCUCAGAUUUUGAAGUUGUAGAAGAUCUCCAUUCACAUGAUAAAGCAUGGACAGUUGUAUCUGAGGAAGAUUUAAAGAGAUCAGAAGCUGAAGAGAAGGACAUGGCAGAUUAUUCUACAAUAGUCGAUAUUGAAAUCUGCCAUCCUCUCUUUAAAGACAAUGUUCAGCUUCUUGUACCUCCAGAUUUUGAUGGACUUCACUCAGGAGCGUUCAGAGAAGUUCUUUCCAAAGGAUUGGAAAAAGUGUUACCUGUCUUCCUAUACGCAGUAGGAGAGGAAUCUCUGACUGACCAGCACAUUCAUGAGCUGCGAGAGCUAAAGCAGCUUUUUCCUGAACUGCCAGUACUCUUCAUUUGUACAUCAGCAUCUCCACAGGAGCUGACUGAAUCAGAGCAACACCAACUGCAGGAGAGCUGCUUGUUCCUACAAGAGGAAUCCUGUUACACGCCACAGUGUUUGCACUGUGGUGACGUUGACAGAUCUUUACUGGGACUAAUUCAGCAACUUGACAGGAUAGGAUACCUGCACCUAGAAGAAACGGUGUCUGAGGAGCCUAGUAUGACAACCAGACCUUGUUGUGGCCAGUUCUCUGUAGGCAGUGAUUUUGUAGAUGGACUGCAUAAACUUGACCAGGUGCUGUUUUUUGUUCGUGAUUGUCUUCAGUCACAUUUGGUCCAGGUUUCAUCAAUCCUUAAUGAUAUUCACAGUGAGUGUUUGCGGAGAUUUAUUCUCUCAGCUUUUGACAUGGCAAGAGAGAUUCAGAUUACACCACGGCGAAUUCAUUAUGCUCAGGAGAAGGAGGCAGAUCUCUACAAAAGUCUGAUGGUUGUUGCUAGUGAGAAGCAGAAAGAAAUUACCCAUCUAAUAGAAGUAACACUACAAAAUAUGAGGGAAGACCUCAUAGAAAUUGCAGCAGCAUACCAGUAUCAUGGAGUCACAUUGCUAGACAGUGAGGUAGUUGAAUCUCCUCAAGAUGUAGCAGUUGCCACCUCUGAAAUUCAGCAUUUAGUAUUGACCAGACUGAGUUGUGCAGUUGCAAAUGAGCUUGUCCAGUCAGUGGCCUGUCUCCAGGACACUUUCAUUGGCACAUUACAGCGAUGCUUAGAGAGUCUGGAAAAGAACUGCUAUGAACAGGAGGGAAGUUUGUCAGCAAGUGAUGCAGUAAAACAGAUCUUGUCUGCAGCAUAUAAUAUAAAAUUAACUACAUCCUCAUCAUCAUCUUUUUUGCACACAUGUUUGGAACGCCUACGGAAUUUACUACUCACAUUUCAGUUACCUUGGGCAGCAACACGUUGUCUAGAUGUUGCUUGGAAGAAGAGGGUGGCCACAGAAAUGCUGGACUCCUUGAGUGCAGCCCGACUUGCAAAAAACAUCUCAGCUCAGUUUCGUGACAGAGUGAGAGCUUCACAUGAAUCUUUUCAGUCUGCUCUUCGGUCUCUUGAAAAUCAUUAUUCAGGUCGCCUGGAACGAACAGAAGAGCAGCGAAUUGCAAUUCGCAAAUACCAUACACCCAGACUUGCUCGCCUUGCAUUGGAGAGUACAUCCAUGUGUGACAUGAUCCGAUAUGGAAUGCCCGUGCAAGGAAAGGAGAUUGGUCGAGGACAGUAUGGUGUAGUGUUUUCCUGUGAAUCUUGGGGAGGGACUGGUCCAUGUGCUGUGAAGUCUGUUGUACCUCCUGAUGAUAAGCAUUGGAAUGAUCUUGCAAUGGAGUUUUAUUAUACAAGGACAAUCCCUGAACAUAAGCGCAUAGUGAAGUUACGUGGCUCUGUGGUGGAUCAUACUUAUGGUGGAGGCUGUACACCAGCUGUUCUACUGGUCAUGGACCGGUUAUCACGAGAUUUGUAUAGUGGGCUGCGAACUGGGCUGAAGUGGCUUGUUCGUCUCCAGAUAGCAAUUGAUGUAGUGGAAGGGAUUCGUUACCUUCAUUCCCAAGGUCUUGUCCACAGGGAUAUCAAAUUAAAAAAUGUCUUGCUGGAUUGUGACAAUCGAGCCAAACUAACAGAUCUUGGCUUCUGCAUUCCUGAAGCAAUGAUGUCAGGCAGUAUUGUGGGAACUCCUGUUCACAUGGCUCCAGAACUACUCUCAGGCCAUUAUGACAGCAGUGUUGAUAUUUAUGCAUUUGGAAUACUCUUCUGGUAUAUUUGUGCUGGACAUGUAAAAUUACCCCUGAAGUUUGAACAGUUUCAGAAUAAGGAACAGCUCUGGAUUGGUGUGAAGAAAGGUACCCGACCAGAAAGAUUAAAAUGUUUUGAUGAACAAUGCUGGCUACUGAUGGAGGAGUGCUGGGCAGCAGAACCCAUAAGGCGUCCACUUCUUGGCUAUGUGUUGCCUUUAUUGCUAUCCAUCAAGGCAGAGUACGCUGUUAAGUUCAGCCAAGAUUGCUUCCCAGGAGAGCUGGGGAAUGACUCUUAGUGCUGAUGUAUUGACUAAUGUGUACAUCUGAGGAAGCUGUGUGCAUGCAUGGUUGUGAAUGUUUCUUAUUCUAUGGCCAUAGAUUUAUUGGUUUUUGAAUAUGAUUCGGAAUUGAGAAUUAAAGAACAUCAUUCAAUUUUAAUCUUCCAUGCCAUCAUAUUGUCAUUUUAAGAUUCAGAUUAGGUGAAAAUCUGUAAGAUGUAAUUAUUAUGUGUAUUUCUAUUGUAAGAGUUCAAUAGACAGGCUUAUUUUAAAACAAAAUUUUAGGUGAAAAUCUGUAAGAUGUAAUUAUUAUGUGUAUUUCUUUUGUAGGAGUUCAAUAGACAGGCUUAUUUUAAAACAAAAUUUGAGGAAAAAUCUGUAAGAUUUAAUUAUGAUGUUCUUUACAAGAUGUUACUUUUAACUGAGAAUGUUCACAGUAAUAUAUAGAUGUUAAUUUUAAGAUAUUAAAUUUUAAGAAUUGAAAGUUUAAGAUUGCAGUAAGAAAAAUUGUCUUUUCUUCAUCCAGAUGGUAACCUAUGUUUAUUUUUGGAAUAAGGAGACCUCAUUAAAGUUUAAAGUUUUAAAUUGUUGGCAUAAUUAUUAAAAGAUUCAGAUACAGUAUUUUUGUUAUGUCUUUUAAUUGCUACAGUAACUGGCAUUAUUGUUCUGUCAUACUGUACUUAAUUUAAUUCAGUUCAAUUCUUUACUUUUACAUGCUGACUGAACAGCUACAUGAGUCAGUUAGAGAAUUAGCAAAAUCGAACAUAAAGUGAAGGAAACAAUACAUAAAUGUAGGACAGUUACAUAUUUAAUAUUCUGCUGCAUGGUAGAUGUAGGACAACCUUAAGUUUAUUUUAACACUGAAUGUAACAAAAUACCAAAACUAUUUAUUAACCAAGUUAGCCAGAAGAUUGAUGUUAAAGAAAUUAUUGUUAGACAUAUUGACAUUGUUAGUUAUUUAAUUUGCAGCUAAGGCAUAGUGAAGAGAUGGACUUGUAUUACUUAAAAUGAAGCAUAGACAGUAUUAAAGUCUCUAAUAUUUCUGGCUAGGACUGUGAUACUAUAAGCUUCUAAAAGCAAGGGGCUAGCAAUUACAUUACAUUACAUUACAAUACUUUCCAAUUCCCUUGAUCAAAAAUUAGUCAAAAUGACUAAUAUGUCUCUUAUAAAUAUUCUAUCUGAACAGUGCCUCAGAAUAUUUCCAACUUAUGAAUAUUUUGCAAUUCUAAGUCGUUCACAACUUAAUUAACAACUGCAUGAACUGUGAUUUUUAGAGAAUAUAUUAUAACAUACAGUACAAAACUUACUCUUUGCACAUUCUAGUAUGUUGGAGGCAGUGCUGGUAAGAGAAUUUCAUACUACAGCUGCAUGUUCAUGUUUCAUUCUAUGUUGAUGUAAGGUAACACAAAAAUUAUUUAAAGAAGAAAAGGAGAAAGUAAUAGUUUGUAUUUGGCUAGAAACUUUAUAGCAUGAGAAAAUUAAUAAUCAAUAUGUGAAGAAGUGCAGUCCCCCUCCUGCUUGCCCCAGCCCCAUAGAUUAUUUAACGGUAACAAGAAGUACAAUUGAGAAUCAAGAAAUACACCAGGGUCUUUAAUAAAAUUUGUAUGCAAAGUACCAGAGUUAUGAAGGACAUAAUUAAAAGUCAACACAUUAGUACUUUUGGAGAAAGAAGUUUUGUUUUAACUGCAUUGCAUUUUAUAUGGCCAACAACCCAUCAGAUUUGUAUAGAAUUAAUAUCUUACUGAAAGAGUCAGAUAUUAAUGUCACUAAUGUUAAUUGUAUGCUUGCAUUCUUUGUUUUGAGCGACCGUUGGUAAAACAGUUCUGUCAAUUUUUUUUUAUUAAAAAUGCAAGUUAUUGUUCUUUACUGCUUUAUUUUCCUGUGUUUCAUAACAUCUUCUUUUGUACAGAACAUAAUGCUUAUAUUACAAAAUGGUACAAGUACCUGUGCGCAUAACAUAUUUUCUUGAAGUUUAAGGACAUCUUAUUAAUGUAUGUAUCUUGAAAGAAAUCUGUCCCAACAUUCAAAUUGUAGAUCAUAGAGGGACAGAGAUUUACUAGAAUAUACAUUUAUAUGUACUUAAAAGAAUGCUAAUGUCACCCUUCAAGCCAUGUGAACUGUGUGAAUUUCAUUUGUUAUAUUAGUCAGCUUGAAGACAAUAAAUAUCGUAUCUUAA